AUGAAGGUCCUUUUACUGAAAGAUCCUAAAGAGGACGAGUGUGGCCAGGAUCCGUACAUCAGGGAAUUGGCAUCCUUUGGACUGGAAGCCACACUGAUCCCGGUUCUGUCCUUCGAGUUUCUGUCCCUCCCCAGCUUCUCUGAGAAGCUGUCUCAUCCUGAAGGUUAUGGGGGACUCGUUUUUACCAGCCCUCGAGCCAUAGAAGCGAUGCAGUUGUGUUUGGAAAAGGCCACCAAGACGGAAGCCUGGAAGGCGUCUCUGAGAGAGAAGUGGAACGCUAAGCCAGUGUAUGUGGUUGGAAGUGCUACGUCUUCUCUAGUGAGGAGGAUCGGCCUGGACGCUGAAGGAGAGCAGUGUGGGAACGCGGAGAAGCUCGCCGAGUUCAUCUGCUCCAGGGAGUCGCCGGUGCUGCCUCUACUCUUUCCCUGUGGAAACCUCAAAAGCGAGACUCUGCCAAACAGGCUCAUGGACCAAGGCAUCCCCAUGGAAAGCCUAACUGUCUACCAGACCGUCCCACAUCCAGGAAUCCAGGAAAACCUGGAGAACUACUUCUCCAAGCAGGGUGUCCUGGCUAGCAUCGCCUUCUUCAGUCCCUCGGGCCUCAGACACAGCCUCAAGCACAUCCAGACGUUGUCUGGUGACAGCUUCAAGGAGAUCAAGUUCGUGGCCAUUGGCCCCACCACGGCCCGCGCGAUGGCUACCCAGGGCCUGCCUGUGAGCUGCACUGCUCAGAGCCCCACCCCCCGGGCCCUGGCCGAGGGCAUCUGGAGGGUGCUCCAGCCUGAAGGCUGCUGA